GUACACAGUGUAGAGUAGCCCAGGUGAAUAUUGAGUAGAAGGCAUCAGUACCAGACGUGACCAGACCAACCAUGACCUACACUACGCUUGCCGCUUGUCUCUUCUGCCUUGUGGCUCUUACUUCAGCUUGUUACAUCCAAAACUGCCCUAUUGGAGGAAAGAGAUCGGUGAUGGACAUCAUGGACAUUAGGAAGUGUAUCCCCUGUGGGCCGAGAAAUAAGGGACAUUGUUUUGGGCCAAACAUCUGCUGCGGGGAGGAACUGGGCUGCUACGUGGGAACCUCAGAGACUUUAAGAUGCCAAGAAGAGAACUACCUUCCCUCACCUUGUGAGUCAGGGAGAAAGCCGUGCGGAAACAAUGGAGGAAACUGCGGCGCCUCAGGAAUCUGCUGCAAUCACGAGAGCUGUACAGUGGACCCGGCGUGUGAGCAGGACUCUGUAUUCCCCUAGAUGAUGUGUCACGAAAGCAAACGCUUCCAAAUCUACAUGAAAUGAAAGGACGAGAGCCCAGGUCUUAAUACAGGUGCAACUGUCAGCAUCUGACCAGAUAUCCAUUUAUAGAUGUACUAUAUGCAGAAUAAAUAACCUUAUAACACGGGAA